AUGCCUCACGCAGAAGCCAAAAUGGGUGAACCGGUCGUCAACGGCGAGAAGCACUACUCUCAGUUCCUUGACCAUCUGACUUCCUAUCCCAUCGUCUCUGACUCCAUCUCCUACUACAAGGGCAACCCUUACGGAGCCAAGUCCCUCGAAUACGCCGACCAGGGCUACACUCGUCUCGCCAAACCUGUGCUACCCUACUUCUCCACUCCCUACCGCUAUGUCGCUCCUUACAUAGCCCGCGCCGACUCCCUCGGUGAUAAGGGUCUAAGUCAAAUCGAUGCCCGCUUCCCUAUCUUCAAAGAGGACACCCAGAAGCUGCGCGGCUCCAUCUACAACAGUGCCUCUCUGCCCGUCCGCGUCGUCGGCGAUGUCAAGCACCAUGUCACCGAUAUCUAUGGUUCUGAGUACAAAAAGUGCGGCGGUGAUGGUGUCUUUGCUUCAGGCAAGGCUAUUGUCACUACCAGUUUGGUUCUGUCGCAGGAGUCGCUAGCUUGGGUCAACACUUUCCUCCAGAAUAAGAAGGAGGAAGCGAAGGAGGUUGUCAAUGAGAAGAACAGCCACUGA